GUCGAUUUGAAAAAGUAAUCGAGAAGUGAACUGCAUGGUAUAAAGUUGUUCAUUUUCCAUUAUUUACCUGCUUUCGCCAGAGCGCGAUAAAAAUAUCAAGACUUGAUACUUAGUAUACCUAGAAAUAUCAAGACACUUAUUCAAGUGCACCAAAUAAUAAAAAACCAUGGCUGGAACGUCUCAGGCUGCAACGACAAGUGAAAGUGAAGACAACAUGGAUCUGCUUCAAUCGCCCCCCAGACUUGGAUUGUGCGAGGUUUGCAAUGCCAUUUUAGCGAAAUACACGUGCCCCAAAUGUGAGAUCAAGUCGUGCUGCCUCAAAUGCGUAAACAUCCACAAAAAGGAACUCAGUUGCGAUGGCAUCCGGGACCGUACCAAGUACAUUCCGAUGAAGAAGAUGUCCCAAAUGGACAUGAUGAGCGAUUACUACUUCCUGGAGGAGUGCAGCCGCUUCGUGGACGACCGGAAGCGCGACAAAAUCAAGCGCUACACUCGGUACAACAAAACCCUUCCACCGUCGUUGUUCCGUUUGCGGUGCGCUGCCCGGGAGCGGGGAACCACUUUGAAGUUCCUGCUGCAGAAUUUCACCAAGCAUCAGCGCAACACUAGCCAGCUGAAUUUCAAGACCCUAGUUAUCAACUGGCGCGUAGAAUGGUGCUUCCCGAAUGCGGAAGGGUUGCUCUUCGUGGAUGAGAGAUGUGAUGAGAAUGCUUCCUUGUAUGAUCUGCUGGGGAAGUAUCUGGAGGCUGGCAAUGGGCAGGAUUUCGUUGGGAAAAGCAAGCUGGAGUUUUAUCAAUCGCGAGGGAUGAAUCGAUUGCGGGUGCUACUGAAGGCCGAAGGGGUCAAGCGGAGCAAGAAUCGGUUCUUCGAGCUUAAACCGAAGAAAUCGCUCAAGGAGAACUUGAAGGGAAAGACGAUAGUGGAAUAUCCGGUGAUUUACGUGAUCUUCAAGGAGGCAUCGGAUGGAUUCGAUGUGAUAGAAUCUGAUGAAGAUGUGGAAGCGGAAACUAAGCUUUAUCAGAAGUAUCUGGACAAUCAGUACGGGCUGAAGAGGACCUAUUCCAAACGAGAAGACCCGGAAGAGAAGGAAAGGGAAACGAAAGUGCUUGAGGGAAUUGAUAGAUUGGAGAUUGUCCGGAAGCGAGAGGAGCGAAGGAAGAAGAAGGAGGCAGCGCAGAUAGAACCGGCCAACUAUCUGUUUAGCGAUGAAAAUCUGUGGAAUCAGUACUCGUCGGAUUCGGAUGGACAAGUGACGGAAGAAGAGGCGGACGAUGCUGAGGAAAUGCUUUCGCCGAAGCGAAUCAAAACCGAAAGUAAAUGAAGAAGAGAUUUGUUAAAAAUUGUUGAAUACUUAUUUGAAAUUGUAUCAAUAUGCAUGGAUUUUUCACAAUACUUCUUGUUGCAAGUAAAUGAAUUAAAAAAAGUA